AUGGUUAACAGAAAGAAGCAUAGCAGUAGCAGUAGCAUCACCAUGUCCCUUGAAGAGUCGCUAAGAUCUCUGCCGCUGGAUUACCUGAACCUCCUCAUCAACGGCCAGGCCUUCAGCGACGUCACUUUCAGCGUGGAGGGACGUCUGGUUCACGCGCACCGCUGCAUACUGGCCGCGCGGAGCCUCUUCUUCAGGAAAUUCUUCUGUGGGUCGGACCCACCCUCUGGCCUGGACCCCACCGGCCCAAGGAUCAACUCGCGCUCCGGAGUCAUACCCGUCAACUCCGUCGGCUCCGAGGUCUUCCUCCUCAUGCUCCAGUUUCUCUACGGUGGCCUGGGGUGCGGGAGAACGGGGGGUGUGGGGUGCGGGAAGGAGGUGGGGAAGGUAUGUAAAUUUAGGAAUUUUUAUUUUUUUUAAGGGUAAUUUAGAUAUUUUAUAUAUUUU